GGGAGUGCACUGGGACGUGACGUUGGAGUUUGCAGCCAGCCCGAGUAGGAGGCCGCGCGUGUGGAGUGCUGCGCGGCCGGGAGGAUGUGCGCUGCGGGGCGGCCGCCGCAUUGAGCCACGACGCGGGGCAGGAGCGAGGGGCGAGGAGGAGGCCGCGGCCGGAGAGGCGCGCCGCCGGCCCCAGGAUGUAGCGAUCGGCGGCAGCGCUCCUGCAGGCGCCGUCUCACCAUGAAGAAGCACUCGGCCCGGGUGGCCCCGCUCAGCGCCUGCAACAGUCCGGUCCUGACCCUCACCAAAGUGGAAGGGGAGGAGCGCCCCCGGGAGCCCCCGGGCCCGGCGGAGGCCCAGGCGCCGGGCGGGGCGGAGGCCAGCGGGAGGACCAGCCGCCGACGCUGGACAUGCUCGAGGGUGCAGCUGCACAAGACCUUCUGGGGCGUGGCUGUGGUGCUGUGCGUGUGCGCCUCCUGGGCCGGCUCCACGCAGCUCGCCAAGCUCACCUUCGCCAAGUUCGACGCGCCCUUCACCCUCACCUGGUUUGCCACCAAUUGGAACUUUUUGUUCUUUCCGUUGUACUACGCGGGGCAUGUCUGCAAGUCCACCGAGAAGCAGUCUGUGAAGCAGAGAUACAGGGAAUGCUGUCGAUUUUUUGGAGACAAUGGCUUGACUUUGAAGGUGUUUUUUACCAAGGCAGCCCCUUUUGGUGUUCUUUGGACACUCACAAACUACCUGUACUUACAUGCAAUAAAGAAAAUAAACACUACGGAUGUGUCGGUGUUGUUCUGCUGCAACAAAGCUUUUGUGUUCUUGCUCUCAUGGAUCGUUCUCAGGGACAGGUUCAUGGGAGUGAGGAUUGUGGCUGCCAUCCUGGCCAUUGCCGGCAUUGUGAUGAUGACCUACGCUGAUGGAUUCCACAGCCACUCUGUCAUUGGCAUAGCCCUGGUGGUGGGCUCUGCAUCCAUGUCGGCCCUCUACAAGGUUCUGUUCAAGCUCCUGCUGGGCAGUGCCAAGUUCGGGGAAGCUGCCUUGUUCCUGUCCAUUCUGGGUGUGUUUAACAUCAUCUUUAUCACCUGCAUCCCCGUCCUGCUCUACUUCACUAAGGUGGAAUACUGGAGCUCCUUUGAGGACAUUCCAUGGGGAAACCUUUGUGGAUUUUCAGUCCUCUUAUUGACAUUCAAUAUUGUAUUAAAUUUUGGAAUCGCCGUGACGUAUCCCACUCUGAUGUCUCUUGGAAUUGUCCUCAGUGUACCUGUGAAUGCAGUGGUUGAUCACUACACCAGUCAGAUCGUCUUCAACGGGGUCCGGGUCAUUGCCAUCAUCAUCAUCGGCCUGGGCUUCCUCCUGCUGCUCCUGCCGGAGGAGUGGGACGUCUGGUUGAUCAAGCUGCUCACCCACCUCAAAGUGAGGAAGAAGGAGGAGACGGUGGAGGGCGGGGCUGACCUGGGCUCAGGACCCCAGAACAGGAGCAGGAGAGCUCGCCCUUCCUUUGCGCGCUAGGGCCUCUCCUCUGGGACUCUGGGGCUGCCCCCACAGUGAUGAUUUGGAAGCCUGUCCCUGACAGGAGGAGCCUCGGUUGGGUAAGGUGUACAUACCUGUACAGUUUUGGUAACUGCGGUAAGUCCUACGGUAUUUAUUGGCAUGUCCAAUUUGCUUGCACUUUUCCACAUCAGACCUUCACUCAAGGGCACCGAUUCAAUAAGGAAGAGAAGGAACCUCAGCGCUUUCCCAAUGAAUGUAAAGCGGGUCACCAUGAGCCUUGUAUUGAUUGUUUCUGACGACAGGUGUGCUUAACAAGCCAGGGCAAAUGUUUCGAAUCUUAGCAACUGAAAAUGACAUUGUACACUGUGAUUAUUCUUCAGCUACAGUAGGUCAUAUUUUGUUUUAUACCAGAGCUGUACUCUUAAUUUUAAGGAAUUUCAAUGAACCAAAAGACAACUGUCAGUUAAUCCAGAUAGAUGAGUGGAUGGGUAGCUGGGUGGACAGAUGGAUAGAAGGGUCAAUGGAUAUAGGGUUGGUUACGUGGAUGGGUGAAUAGGUGGAUGGGUGGCAGGAUGGGUAGAUAGGACAAUGGCAUUAGAAGAAGUGAAGCAGAAAAGGAUAAUGGACAUGACAACCAUCAGAGGACAGGCCUGCACCAGGUCACGAAGGGGAAAGGGAAGCCCAGCCUUUGCUGGCCUGCUCUCUCGUGUCUUCAUAGAUCAUACAGGAGGAUUUACAGUGC